GAGACCCGAGCGAACCUGACAACUUUUCUUCUCUUCACCCGAUCAAUGCUUGCCACCCAAAGUGAGCCCUGAAUUAUGGCGGCUUCUGCGCCGACGCCGCACGGAACUGGCUUUCCAGCAGAGGGACGAUGUGGCUACUAUGUGGAAAAGAAGAAGCGCUUCUGCAGGAUGGUGGUGGCAGCAGGAAAAAGGUUCUGUGGUGAACACGCUGGAGCCGCGGAGGAAGAAAAUGCUCGGAAAAGAAUCCUGUGUCCUUUAGAUCCAAAACACACAGUAUAUGAAGAUCAACUAGCAAAACAUUUGAAAAAAUGUAACUCAAGAGAGAAGCCAAAACCUGACUUCUUUAUUCAAGAUAUUAAUGCAGGCUUAAAAGAUGAAACAGAAAUACCUGAACAAUUAGUUCCAAUUUCUUUUCUCUCUGAAGAGCAGAUGGAAAACUUAAUUAAGAAACUGAGAAAAGCAAGUGAGGGUUUGAACUCUACACUUAAAGAUCAAAUUAUGUCCCAUCCAGCAUUGCAUGAUGCCCUUAAUGACCCUAAAAACGGUGAUUCUGCAACCAAACAUCUGAAACAGCAGGCUUCUAUUUUAGGUAACAUUGAAAAAUUAAAGUUACUUGGUCCAAGAAGAUGCUUUGUUGAGUUUGGAGCAGGAAAGGGAAAAUUAUCUCAUUGGGUUGAUAUUGCCUUAAAAGAUGCUGAAAAAGUUCACUUCAUCCUAGUAGAAAAGGUGACCACAAGAUUCAAGGUAGAUGGCAAACACAGAAAGAAAAAUUCAGUGUUUGAGAGACUUCAGAUUGAUAUUCAGCACCUGUGUUUGAACAAGAUUCCUUUGCUAAGCAAAGAAAAACUACCUGUGGUAGGAAUUGGAAAACAUCUGUGUGGUGUGGCAACAGAUCUUGCAUUACGAUGUUUGGUUGAAACCUAUGCUGCCAGUUGUGAGGAAAGGAAUGAAGAACCUUUAGCCAAACGUGUAAAGAAUGAUAAAACAGAAAAAGAAAUUAACACUUUGGCCAAGGAAGGAAAUGAAAAAAAUAUCCCAGAGAAGUGGACCCCUGUGGCUGGCAUUGUUAUUGCACUCUGUUGUCACCACAGGUGUGAUUGGAGACAUUAUGUGGGCAAAGAAUAUUUCAGGGCUCUAGGCCUUGGAGCAUUGGAAUUCCACUAUUUCCAGCGAAUGAGUAGUUGGGCGACUUGCGGGAUGCAAAAAACAUCUUUGGAAGCUUCAAAUAUCUCCACAAAAAGAAAAGAUAAACAGAAUGAUGGCAGUGAAGAGCAUGAUGAUGGAGGAUACAGAAUCACAGAUGACAGCGCUGAGAGUUUGCCUGGGUUUCUUACUGUUGAAGAAAAGAAGAAAAUAGGGCAUCUUUGUAAAUUGCUGAUUGACCAAGGCCGAAUCAACUAUUUACAGCAGAAAGGAUUCAAUCCCGCUUUACAGUAUUAUACAGACCCUCUGGUGUCUUUGGAAAAUGUAUUGUUAACUGCUCUACCAAAUCAUUCUUCAUCACCAGAAACAACUGCUUAAUGGAAAAGAAAUUUUGAACAACAUCUGUCUUCCACCAAAAAAAAUUUUUUAAUUGUAUUUUUAUAUUCAUGAAAAUAUAAUUUAAAUAGCAGAUAAUAUGAACUUUUAAAAAU